AACCACAAAGAGGAAAUCUAAAGUUGUUGACGUUAAUGGCGACUGGUUGGGUCAAAUCGUUACAAUGUAAAUCAAGAGCUUUCGAAGAUGUUUACCAUCCAAACCCUAAGCACCUCAACCACUUGCUUGUCUCUUCGAGUUGCAGAAAAAGCGUUCAGAAUCUUAAGGAUGUGAUCGACACCAGCAAGAAGAAGCCCAGGAAAUCAAACCCACCAUCGCCCACUCCACCCAGACGGAGUUCCAAAAACUCAGGACAGAGUAAAGUCGAGGCCGGUUCGAAUGCAACGAACCGGGUUCGACGCAGUGUCUCUGCACGUACUGCCCGAACGCCGGAAUCUUUUUUUCCGACGUUGACCGAGCUGGCGGAGGGACACCCAUCUCGCAACGUUGUGGAGAUAAUCUUCCACACAAGCUGGUCCCCUAAGGUGUUCUUGGGUCGGAUCGAGAUGAUGUUCAAGGUUCAACACCUGCCCAAGACGGUGGCCCGGUUCGAAGAGUAUCGGGAGAUGAUGAAGUCUCGUGCUGGUGCUGGUGGCGGAGGAAGCGGUAGCAGUAGGGAGGAUGAUGCAAGGUGCGUCGCGGAUGGAAACGAAGUGAUGAGGUUUCACUGUCUGGGCCCCGCCACUGGAAUGAUCUAUGAUGCUGGUGGUAUGUGUACGUUUUCCGGCAAAGAUGCAACGAUACGUACGUUUUCCGGUAGUGGAGUGGCUCACGAGAACGCCGGUGGGGGUAAAGGACGGAGAGCUAUGUUGGUGUGCCGCGUCAUUGCAGGUAGAGUGUGUAAGCAGCUUGAGUUGGACUCGUUUUUAGAAAGCCGAGUUGGGUUUGACUCGGUAAAUGGGGACAAUGGUGAGCUCCUUGUAUAUGAUUCACGGGCAGUAUUGCCUUGUUUCCUUAUCAUCUAUAAACUAUAAAAAAAAGAAAAGAUAAGAAAGAAAGAAGAUGUUCUUGUA